AUGGAUACAUUGGAUCUUGGUUUACGCAAACUUUAUUUUAACGUCAACGGCGGUUACAUGUCGAUGGAAAAACUUUAUCGGGAUGCAGUAAAAGAAAAUAUUCCCGGUGUCACGCGUGAAAAAGUGAAAAAAUGGUUACAAACACAAAAUAUGUACGUCGUUCACAAACCGACGCGAGUUCAUUUUAAAACGCAACGAACGUACGUCGACGGACUUGCACAACAAUUACAAUUAGAUUUGGUAGAUAUGCAAACCUACAGUCGUGCGAAUAAAGGUUACAAAUGGAUUUUAACAUCCAUCGAAAUUUUAAGUCGGUAUGCAUUUGCCGUUCCCGCCAAACGAAAAGGAAAGGAAGAUAUGGUUCCGGCCGUCGAAAAAAUCUUGGAACAAUUUCACGAAAGAUUUGGACGAUAUCCCAAAGUCGUUCAAUUUGACGAAGGAAAAGAAUUUUAUAAUAACCGAGUCAAAGGAUUAUUGGAAAAACACGACAUUCAUUAUUUUUCGACGCCAUUGACUGGAAAAAAGCGGCCGUCGUCGAAAGAUUUAACAGGACGUUAA